AUGUGGCCAGAUGUUGGACGCGGAGCUGCUGUCGCUGACCUCGGUGCUGAACACGACGUCAGAUGAACCUGCGCUCACCACAGGAGACACGAUACAGCCUCACUCCCUCUUUGAUUUAUCCACGCUACUCCAAACACCCACUUCUGCCUGCUAUAGUUUGCAUGUUUUUCCCCCCCUAUUUUAUUUCACCCUUCAUCUGCUCUCCUGUCUUGUAAUUUAGUCGAGGCUGAUACUGAUCAGCGACGGCGAUCAAUUUCACAGCUUUUCGUUUCCGUCGUGAUGGCACUUGACGCGGCUACUGUACACCAGGCAGGAGAGGAGCUGGAGGUGGACGAAGGCGCGCAGCUCGUUUGAUUCCCCGUUAAACCGAGGGCUUUUCGUUAUUGCACUGUGAAAGAUACAGUCGUCUGUUGGAUCGCCUCUUCCCUGGACUCACAUUUUUGUAUCAUAACUUGGUUUGUUGUUUUCCUUGUUGCCGCUGCAGUCGGCCAUCCUGUGCCGUAACAUGACGAUUAAGCAGUAAAUAUUAUUGUGAAAUAGGCCAAAACACAGAAACUGGAUAUGGAGUCAGUGAAGUCGAGAGCCGCGGCCGGGGUGAAGGAAUUUGCGGGGAAGACCCUGGGUCAUGUGUACAGGGUGAUGGAGAGGAAACAGAAAACCGGGGAAGUGAUAGAGCUGACGGAGGAUGGACGGCCCCGGGAGGCCGCGGAGAAGAAACCCCCCUUGUGUGACUGCAAGUGCUUCGGUCUGCCUCAGCGCUACAUCAUCGCCAUCAUGAGCGGCCUGGGCUUCUGCAUCUCCUUCGGUAUCCGGUGUAACCUGGGCGUGGCCAUAGUGGGCAUGGUUAACAACAGCACCAUCCAUCAAAACGGGAAGAUCAUCAUCAAAGAGAAAGCCAAGUUCAACUGGGAUCCGGAGACAGUGGGAAUGAUUCACGGAUCAUUUUUCUGGGGCUACAUCGUGACACAAAUCCCAGGAGGAUACAUAUCCUCCAGGCUGGCAGCAAACAGGGUAUUUGGUGCAGCCAUAGUCCUAACCUCAACUCUCAACAUGUUCAUUCCUUCGGCUGCUCGAGUCCAUUAUGGGUGUGUGAUUUUUGUCAGGAUAUUACAAGGACUGGUGGAGGGAGUGACCUACCCGGCCUGUCAUGGCAUCUGGAGUAAGUGGGCUCCUCCACUGGAAAGGAGUCGUCUGGCCACCAUCUCUUUCUGUGGUUCUUAUGCUGGUGCUGUGAUCGCGAUGCCUCUGGCCGGGAUCCUGGUUCAGUAUUCCGGCUGGUCCUCAGUCUUCUAUGUUUAUGGAUGCUUUGGCAUCUUCUGGUACAUGUUCUGGAUCUUAGUGUCUUAUGAGAGCCCUGCUGAACAUCCGUCCAUCAGUGAUGAGGAACGCUGCUACAUAGAGGAGAGCAUUGGAGAGAGUGCCAAGUUAAUGGGCCCUGCUGAGAAAUUCAAGACCCCCUGGAGAAAGUUCUUCACCUCUAUGCCUGUCUAUGCAAUCAUCGUAGCCAACUUCUGCAGGAGCUGGACAUUUUACCUGCUGCUCAUCAGCCAGCCUGCAUACUUUGAGGAAGUGUUUGGGUUUGAGAUCAGCAAGGUUGGUGUACUAUCUGCUCUGCCCCAUUUGGUAAUGACCAUUAUUGUGCCCAUCGGCGGCCAACUGGCUGACUACCUACGCAGCAGGAACAUCCUGUCAACUACCACUGUCAGGAAAAUCAUGAACUGUGGAGGAUUUGGCAUGGAGGCCACAUUACUGCUGGUGGUGGGAUAUUCCCACAGCAAAGGAGUGGCGAUCUCCUUCCUGGUUCUGGCCGUGGGCUUCAGUGGAUUUGCUAUAUCAGGCUUCAAUGUCAAUCACCUGGAUAUUGCUCCACGCUACGCCAGUAUCCUUAUGGGCAUAUCCAAUGGAGUGGGUACUCUGUCUGGAAUGGUGUGUCCGCUCAUUGUUGGUGCCAUGACGAAAAACAAGACUCGAGAAGAAUGGCAGUAUGUGUUCCUGAUAGCCUCCUUGGUGCAUUAUGGAGGCGUAGUGUUUUACGGCAUCUUUGCUUCUGGUGAAAAGCAGCCCUGGGCCGACCCAGAACUGACCAGCGAGGAGAAGUGCGGCUUCAUUGACGAGGACGAGCUGGCGGAAGAGACGGGCGACAUCACCGAGAGCUACGGUGCUUUUGGAGGUCCAGCCAAGUCGUAUGGGGCAACCACGCAGGUGAACGGCGGCUGGGCAGCGAGCUGGGAGAAAACCGAGGAGUACGUCCAAGAAGAAGCACAGGGAGGAGGAUAUGGGUACAGGCAGGAGGAGGGAUACUCUUAGACCAAACACACACAUCACUGAUACAUGAGUAGGCUUAUUUUAUUGAUUGUGAAUCAGUUUAGUCAUGAAGAAUAUCAACAAACGAGAAAAAGAACAACUACAAUCCAUUGUUGUAUUAUUUGCACAAAUUCUAAAAAAAAAAAAAAUCUAAAAAAUUAUCAACGUAAAGAUAUAUAAAAAUUAUUAAAAGAUUAAAUUCAUGAAGGUGUCACACAUAUCGAAUUGGCAGUCUGUAAAUGUAUUAUUAUGCAUAUGGAUAAUAGGUAUACUUAUUUGGAGUGCAAUUGUGUGUAAAUGUGAACAUUUCCAUGUCAUCAGCCAAGGCUUCUUGAUGGCUCUGAAGCCUGUAGGAUUACAUAGAUACAGCCCAUCAGAACCAACCCCUUAUUUAUCAAAUUAUAUGGUUCUUGUUACAGUACAACAUCGUACAAACCAGCCAUUACAGUGUAUAAAUAUGUCACUGCACAGCAUUGUAAGCAGAAACUAGACACUCUAUUGAUAUAGAUUGUACUGUAUCUCCCCUGAAUGCACUCAGAGUAGUGUGUAAAUGCACAACAUGAUGUUUUCUUUUUUUCUUUGUUCAUUUAUUUAUUAUUUUUAUGUUAUCACAGGCUUUUGUGUGAUCAAAUCUUUAAGUCCUUAAUGUUAUAAGUGGCCUGGCGUAGAGGUUUGGCGAGUGGCAUAUUGACUUUUGAUGCGCUGUGAUCAUUUAGUUGCGUUGCAUACCUGGUAAAAAGUCUUUCCGAUGUUCGCUACGUAUGAUCUGUUUCAUACCACCUCUGCAGCUGAAAGUGGGACUCUUGCAUUUGCAGCCCAUCCCACAGCGUAGUGCAGGAGUAAAGCCAUUCUCACCGUUAUUAUUUUACAUUACUGUCAAGCCACUAAAAAUCUAGCUGUACCAAUGCAUUGUCAAAAGAUGUGUCUUACAUGAAACAAAAAUAAGAAAUAACUAGAGAUUCUCAGUAAAUAUGUAUGAGAAUUUAGAGAUUAAACUUAGAUAGAAACUCAGUCAUAUACCACCUUAAGAGGGGUUUGUGCAAUGCAAAAACUAUGGGAAAGUAAAAAUUAACCUGAUCAGUAUCAGAGUCUUUAUGAUAUUAUAGCAGAAAAUAUGAAAGAUAGAGAAUAUUUUAAAAAGUACAUAAUAGACGUUUAUGGGAUGAAUAAAUUUGAAUGUACAUGGUAAAACUGUACAGGUUGACAGAUGUAAAAUAUCAAACAUGGAGGAUGAUGAAGUGAACAUUCCCUAGUAAGUAUUUGAAAGUUUACAUAUGUCUAGACUUUGCAUUCACCAAAACAGGAGAUUUCUAUUUACAGUUCAAGAGAAGCUACGGAAGAAUGGGCAAUCACAAGUUUGUGCAAAGUGGACAAACUGCUAUUUUUUGGUCUGUUAAUGUGUAAAGUGAAGCUCUGCCUUUACUUAACGGAGUCUGGUGACAGAAAGUGUGCAUGGCUCCUAAAAUCAAAUACAAGUAAACACACUGCAUCCCCCGAAUCAGUUAUGUCCUCAUUCUGCACUUACUAUGACAAGGUCUGAAGGGGGCCAAGUUUGUUUAAUUUGUCACUUGUCUGUGGAGACUUUAAUUCAGCACUUCACAAUAUAGAUGUGUGUGGAUGUGUAUUUAUGCAUGGAUCAAAGUGAACUAUGUGUCUUUUUUAUGUUUUUCUUUUAACAUUUAUUUCAGAUUUCUUCGUCUUUGUCUCAGAAACUGUUACUUAUGCUUCAAUUUCUUUGCACAAUUAACCAAAGGUGUAGAGCAGAAUUGGUUUUUAGCAGAAAGUCAAACUAUGUGAGUUUCCAGUGUGGACUCGCUGUACGCAGGUGGCACCAAACAUUACUCAGUGUACAAAGCAAUAAAUCCAUAGUAACAGUUCUGGUCAAAUGUCAACAUCAUGAACAAGUCGUUAUGUAACUGUUUUUUAUGCAUUUGUUAAAAAGUCGUGUUUUUUGUGAUAAACAAAUGUAGAAAAUAAACACUUGUAAAGAAAAAAACUAGAAAUAUAUGUAAAAAAAAAAUAGUAAUAGAGUCCAACGCAAACGUCUUUGACAUAAAAAUGCGAAGAGUUUGUAACCGGGCUGCUCACCAGAUGAGAAUGAUAAAACGAGCUCCGUGUGAGAAGCGGACGCUCUUCUCCAUGUCUCUGUUUUUGUUUUGGUGUGGUCCUCUAGGACUGUGUGCUGUUGUUCCCCACCCCUCAUGCACCACCCACCUCUCCCUGCCCUCUCACUCCUUUUCUUUUUUUUUUUUUUUUUUUUUUAAUGUUUCUCUGAAUGUUGUCCAUUCUGUGGCUGGACCCCUCUUCUUCACUUCACCUCCUCCUCCUUCCUCUCUUCCUGUGCAUCUUGAGUUAAUUGUCACAAAAUUCAUUAACCUUAAGGAUGAUCCUGUAACAGACAUUUUCAAAAAUGACAAAUGUGCAACCUGAAGUAGUUAAAAGUUUCCUGUUUUUGUGCCUCUGAAGUUACAGUGUGAUUCUAUGGCUUCUGUUGCUGUGUAAAUUGAGAGGUUUGUUGAUGUCAAACGAAAUACUCUAUAUCCCUUUUUUAUAUAAAAAAAGAAAACAAA